AAAAAAUAUGUUCUAAGCAAAUCUUAAUCCAUCAAUUUAAGCUGAAUAAAUUGAUAUAUUUCGUAAUUAGCCAACUCUAAAAUGCCAAAAUGAUCAAAAUUAUCAAAAUGAUUAGUAUUUCUUAUUUUUAUUAAUAAUACCCAUCUUAGAAAUGAAAUUUAGAGUGUUAAGGCAAAUAAGAAAGAACCAAUUUUUUUCCAAGAGCCUAAAAGAGAAGAGAAAAAUUGUUUAUUAAAUCAAAUUGUAGUUAAAUAGAUAGAAUCUAAACAAUUAGCCAAAUCGUAAACUCGAUCUUUAUUAGAUAUUAUUUAGAAUUCAUGCAUCUCAUUAACUAGGUGGAGUUUUUUUAUUCAUAGUAACCUCAAUCAAACUACUAGGAUUAAACAAUUUAACUCCUACUGCUCUUACAAUUGCUAUCUUAAUCGUUAUAAGUUCUCUAUUAUGGAUUGUAAGUGUUACUAUUGGAACAAUUGGUAUUAGAAGACAAAAAUAUAACCCACUUAUUUUCUAUUUUUUGGGAAUUAUUGUUUCAUUUAUUAUUGAAUUUUCGAGCACAAUCGUUAUUUUAGCAACAAAUCACAUUGCUGAUCAUUAAUUAGGGAUUUAUAAUAAAAAUGUUAUAAUUAGGUUUAUUUCAAUUUCAAAUAUCAUAUAGGAUGAUUGUUUUUAUGACACUAGAAUUAAUGGUCCUUCUAUUUUAAAUCAUGAUGCUUCGAUCAGUAAGUUAAAUUAGAUAAUUAUUUAUUGA